AUGGGCAGCGAGAGCGCGCGCAGGAGCAGCCCGGGCUCCGCCGCUCCCCCCUGCGCCCGCUCCUGCUCCUGCUGCUCUUCUUGCCCUGCUGCCCCCAGGGCGGCGCCCCGCCUGCGCUCCCGCCUUUUCCCGCCAAGGACGGAUCAAAUUAUGACAUCAUCAUCCAAAGGAAUUUUCCGGCCAUUUCUAGUUAUCUUCAUUGUGCUGGGCUGUUUCAUGGCAUGUCUGCUUAUUUACAUUAAACCUACAAGUAGCUGGAUCUCUGGUCCCAUCGAAUCUGCCAGCUCUGUUCUCAAAAUGAAGAGCUUUUUCUCCACCAAAAGUGACUAUGUUAAUGAGACGACUAUUCUGAUAUGGGUGUGGCCGUUUGGUCAGACAUUUGAUCUGACACUCUGCCCAAUGUUCAACAUCCAUGGUUGCCAUCUGACUACUGACCGUACAUUAUAUAAUCGAUCUCAUGCUGUUCUUAUUCAUCACAGAGACAUCAGUUGGGAUCUAACUAAUUUACCUCAGCAGCCUAGGCCACCAUUUCAGAAGUGGAUCUGGAUGAAUUUAGAAUCUCCAACACACACUCCACAAAAGAGUGGAAUUGAACAUCUGUUCAAUCUGACCCUCACUUAUCGGCGUGAUUCAGAUAUUCAAGUGCCUUACGGCUUCAUGAUGGUUAGCACAAGCUCCUUUCUGUUUGAAGUGCCGAAUAAAGAGAGGUUAGUGUGUUGGGUGGUAAGCAACUGGAACCCUGAGCAUGCUAGGGUUAAGUAUUACAAUGAGUUAAGUAAAUACCUUGAAAUCCAUACUUACGGGCAAGCAUUUGGAGACUAUGUGAGUGAUAAAAACUUGAUUCCAACUAUUUCCACCUGUAAGUUCUACCUUUCCUUUGAGAAUUCUAUCCACAAAGACUACAUUACGGAGAAACUUUACAAUGCUUUUCUGGCUGGGUCUGUACCAGUCGUACUGGGUCCUCCGAGAGAAAACUAUGAAAAUUACAUCCCAGCAGAUUCUUUCAUCCAUGUAGAGGAUUUUCUGUCUCCAAGAGACCUUGCGGAAUAUCUUCUGAUGCUUGACAAAAAUAAUAAAAUGUACCUUAGCUAUUUCAACUGGAGAAAGGAUUUUUCAGUGCACCUUCCUCGGUUCUGGGAAACACAUGCAUGCCUUGCCUGUGACCAUGUAAAAAGACACAAGGAGUACAAGUCUGUAGGUAAUUUAGAAAAAUGGUUUUGGAAUUAA